ACAGGUGUGACCAAAAAUACGAAAGUAACGCACCGAGAGAAGAUUGACGUCACUAAACAGCUUUACAGAGCCCAACGACACAUUGUGUUCCGUGGUAUAACGAUUUGAAUAAAGGGGAGGGACAUAAAGGAACGUUUAAAUGAUAGAUAUUCCGUGACGUCACUGUAACGGCUACGACAAAACUGAUGACGUCAAACGAUACGCACUAGGAAGAAGACAUUUUUACUCAGACAUGCAAUGUUUGUAACUGAUAAACCAAAUUUGUGAUGUCGUCAUAACUCUCAAUAAAACACUGAUUACGUCAUGAGCUCACAGGACAAACUAGAAGAUGUCAAUGCCGAAACUGUCAAUAUACUACUUCCGGCGAUUGUGAUUAUUAUUUUGAUGUUUAUCGGAAUAAUCGGCAAUCUGUUGGUGAUAUACUUUUAUUCAAUGACAUUGAAACCAACUGCCUCAUAUAUAUUCAUCACCACGCUCGCGACUUUUGACCUCAUAUCCUGCCUCAUUUCUAUGCCCUUGGAAAUUGUAGACCUCCUACAUUUUUUCACAUUUGAAAGUUCCGGAGCAUGUCGAGUUCUUCGUUUUAUAAACUACUUUGCACAUAUUGCUUCCGGUGCGACUCUCAUUGCCAUUGCUGUGGAUAGAUUUCGAAAACUUUGCAAACCAUUUGAGAGACAAAUUUCUAAUCGAUUGUCAAAGACAAUUGUUAUCUUUGUGAUUUUAUUCGCAAUUGUGUCUGCCUGGCCAAGUGUUGUGUUCAAUAGCGUAGACUCCGUGAAUAUAACUAUAUCGGGUCAGAAUUUAGUUGGCUACGAUUGUUCGACGGUGAGGGACGAGACUUACUUGGAUUAUAUCAAAGCUUAUAACGCGUAUUUGUUUUUCCUGUUCAUCUCUGCUAUCAUCGUGCUUCUUGUUCUAUAUGUGUUGGUUGGUCGACAGUUAUAUGCACUGAGGAGUUUUCGCUUCUACUCCACCGGAAAUAAAAUUCCGGCGUCUCGACCGAUGAGUACAAUGACAAUUUCUAGUGACGUUCACUCUAUUUCCGGUACGACUGUCCCUGAAAUGUCUGUAGCAGAAACAAUUCUUGAAGAGGAAGACGACGAGGAAGAUGCCGCAAUUGUUGAAGCAUUUGAAGCCGAGUUACGUCGAGGAAAUCUCACACCUAUCGAAGAAGAUGAAGAUGACGAAGACGAGGACGAAUUCGAAGAUGACAUGGAUGACUUUGAUGAAUACAUAGAAAAUAGGUGUAGACCAACCUCUGCAAGUUCGAUGAAAUUAUCAUCAAAAGUGAUAAAAAUGCUAUCAAACAAGGUAGCACCAGAGCCAGAACGAUUCGAAGUCAGGGAAAUCCCGAUCUUAAAACCUAUACGCCAAUGUCGAAGUUUUACUGAGAAUAGUCGUCGAGUAAGUGUACACCAUGGGCCAAGAAGAACGAAAUCUGAAAUUUCAAUAUCCAGUCGAUUUCGACAAAAGCACAAUAUGUCCGGAUCUAUGUCACGCAUGACACUUAUGACCGGUCUAGGUUACAGUCACGGUCACGAAAGCUCUUUAACAGACGUUGAAACAAGAGUGUCACGUUGUGCGUCAGUUGAUAUUGACGAAUCCAAGAUGCGCGCGCAAAAUAUUAACACUAAAAAGUUUACGGUUAUAACUGUGUGUAUAAGUAUAGCAUUCAUUGUAAGUUUUUUACCUUACCUGAUACUGGCGACUAUGUCGACUUUCAAUACGGACCAUGAAGCUAAUUACCUAUCGAGUUCCGAGCUGGUGGUGUAUCAGAUAUUUGUUAGAUCUUUUUUAUUCAAUAGUGUGUGUAAUCCGUUAAUAUACGGCCUUCUGAAUACAGAGUUUAAGAAGAUGUUUUUAUCCGGAUUAAGAAGGUUAUGUUGCUACUUGUGUGAUAAAUGGCGUAUCAACACGAAAAUCUCACCUGGAACUGCACGCUGAAUUUCUGACAAUAGUCUGAUAAGAACUAAAACAACAACAUUAUCUUCUGCAAAGUGCCGAUCCAAACUUAAAAUCGCAACUCUUAUCAAAGACGGGGGAAGUUGCCUAAACCAAAAAUGGUACAUUAAAAUUAUGUGUUGUGUAAUUAGUUUCAAUUUUAACCUAUCGAUAAACUAAGCAAGUCCUCACAGUAAAUGUUACGAAAUUAUUCUCAAAUGAAAAAAACAUGAAAUUUCAUCAGUCUUAUAAAAUUCUUAGACAGAACCUAACGGGCAUUUAAAUUUCCUUUCAGAUUUCUUCAGAAGAUUACACAAUUGUACCAUGGGCCGUUGGUAAAGUCCGAUGGUCGAGAUAACAAGCUUUGGUUUAUCGUGGAUGAGAUUGAAAUACAAUUUCAAAUGUACAAUACCAAUCUGAUUUAGAAUAUGCCCUACAACAAUGCACCCUGAUUUAAAAUGAACAUUUCAUCCAAUAAGAUUUCUCGUUGUUGUUAUUAUUGUUGUUGUAUGGACCCUACGAAGGAUGCAAUGCUUAAUCUCAUUGGUUAAGAUGCAGCCUGAACCAACACAGGAUGCAAUGAUGAUCGAUCUCAUUGGUUUAAAUCUAGCUUGGAACUAACACGCGAUGUCACUAUCAAUCUUACUGUUUUAAAUCUAGCUUGGAACUAUUACGGCUGUCAUGAUCAAUCUUAUUGGUUUAAAUCUAGCCUGGAACUAACACGGGAUGUCAUGAUCAAUAUUCUUGGUUCAAAUCUAGCUUGGAACUAACACGGUAUGUCAUGAUCAAUAUUCUUGGUUUAAAUCUAGCUUGGAACUAACACGGGAUAUCUCGAUCAAUCUUAUUGGUUUAAAUCUAGCUUGGAACU